AUUUAAAAGCACAUAGCUAGCCAGUCGACAGAAAUAGAAAAAACUUCAUACUUUCCCCCCUAGGGACUUUCGGAUUCCACUUCUCCGUUCGCCACUGUGUGGCAUGUGGCGUCCGCUGGAUAUACACGCUCCCAGAGUUCGUUCAGCAUGUGCAUACAGGCACUGUUAUUGGCUACCCAGACGAGAAACUUGGCGGCUUGGGUUGGUGACAAAAUGUUACGCACAUUGUUGAACUCCGUUUCCAAAUCCUCCCCCGUUUGUGCCAAUCGCUCACGCAGCUCUUUCAAAACAGCCUCAGCAUUGUCGAGACAGCCAUCUAGUUCUUGUGCAACGAACCGACUGUCCUUUAAAGCUGCUGCUUGUGCAGGUGUCACCUCUAGAUGCGAUACUAAAUGCCGGAAUAGCGUCUUGGGAUUAAGCUUCUGAUCUGGCGGUAGCGAAGGUGCGGCGGGACUGUAAUCCUCUCCGACGCUUGUUUCGUGGGGAGUUACUCGGGCCGACGAGAUUUCCAUAAGCUUGCUUUCCUCCGAGGAAGCACUAGAUCCUCCCUGGAUUGCUUGCAUCACAACAGACGUUGUGGUCGUGGGCUUUAAGAGUCGUUCGAUGUUGCGCAACUCAUCAAUAUCUUCCGAAAACUUUUGUUGUUCUCGCUGCAUGCUUUCUUCCGCUUCUUCCCCGAUUUGCAUUUGCAGCCGUAGUCGCAAAUUCUCCGCUUCCAUGAGGUUAAUCUGUCGCUCCAGAUUCUCGGUCGCUUCCCGCUUGCGCCGGCGGCAUUCCCGGGCCGAGAGUCGAUUCUUUUCCAGCCGCCGGAGUUUCUUUUCACUCAGCAUCUGACCAUCUUUGGUGUGCGUCAUCAGCGGGCGUUUGGUUCCCCCCGCGAUGGGACGAAGGAGCGUUUGUGGGGACGUUGUCGAUCCGGUGCGCGAGACGUCUCCACUGCGGGCACUGCCGUCGUCGUCGGAAUCCGUACUCAUGAAUGAACGGUAGCAGCUGUCGCGGCCGUAAAGCAGUGUGACGUUUCGUUGAAACGUGCACAGCAAAGAAUGUGUUGGAAGGAAGAUGAAGACUCGACAAUCGGUAAGAAAAGGUCACCGUUUGGGUCCGGUGAUCGAUGAAUAAAAACCAGUGCUAGAGCUAG